UGUAGGUAGUACGCGCUGGUCACGUGGGAGAGCUGUUGUUUUUACAGGAGUCGACGGUAGCAACAAGGGUGGAGCAUGGCAGACCAUAGUAUUUUCGCCAUACCAGAAUUUGAUGCAGGCGAAUACGCAAACGCGGUACUAUCAGGCGAGCCUUACCCAUCUCCAUCUACUGCCAUACCUUCUCCCACCGCGGGUUCGGCCACAGAGACACAUGUACUUGGACAACUUCAGAUUCGGGGGAGUAGACCACGGUCUAUGUUGGGCACCUUGUCGAUACUAGAACCUGCGAAGGAAGACAUAUCACUUGCGAUUUCGAAACUUGACCUUGGCAUCGAGGAUGUGAGCAAGCAGAUUAAGGCAUUGGUCACCGCUCAUCACGAGGACUUGUUGCUGUACUCCUCAAAUACGAGGCACUUGUCGGGGCUGUUGGCUUCCGUACGACGGGGAUUGAAUGAUGUGGAGCUAUCCAUUGACCAGCUGCGACGGAAAAUCCGUCUGCCAUACGAAUCUCUCCAGGUGCAGGUUACUCGCCUACAGCGAAUCCAUCACGCGAAUAAUGCACUUAGACGCGUCGGGAGGUUUUUCUUGCUGGAGAAGAGGCUCGAAGCACUGGCGGAGGAGUUGGUUCGGUAUGAACUGGGUGCUAGUGGGAUGGGCGAACGGGAUGCACCCAUAGAUGUUGGUGCAGUCGACGGGAAGGGGUUGUCUGCAGAAUGCCGUGAAGAGAAGGGGAGGGUGGUCGCGAAGGCCGCCCUAAGUAUCACAGAACUAGGUGCACUACUCGAUGAGGAACCCGAUAUUGAAGGCGAUCAGCAAGACGCCUCCCAAUUUGGAGCCACGUCAGUAGGGAACUCCAAUUACGUCCCUCUUCGCUCCGUCAAUAUUGUAGCCGCGCAUAUACCCUUCAUAUCAGACACGCGCACAAAGGUCACCAAAGAGGUUGAGGCCAUGGUCAUACAAGGGCUUACUGCACUAGAUCAAUCGCUAUUAGCUUCGUCAUUACAAGCAGCGCACAAUCUCCGAAUGCUACCACGACUCGUCGCGAGCCUCGUGAAAGAUUUGUCCGAUGCUGUCGAGCGUCGCAUCCGGAAUGCGUUUGACCUCUUGAGUUUGUCCAAGGAGAUUAUUGCCAAGGACCCCCAUCAGGUUUCCCAAAGUCUGCUGUACAAAUCCCGUGUGCGAACCGAGCCGACGAGUGUCACCGCACCCCAGUUCACGGCUGCGUUAUGGGCAAGGCUCGAGUCGCUGAUAGAGCAAAUGUCAGGCUGUUGUGUUAAAGUCUAUACGUUGGAGAAGGUACUGAACCUAAAAAAGGAUCCCGCGACGGGAGUAUCAUUCCUAGACGUAUCAAUGAAGUCGCUGGAGAACAAACCAAGCUCGACUUUCUGGGCAUCCCUAGGAAUGACGCUAGAGAAAUGCUGUCGGGACGCCUCAAAGAGCUCGACCUUUCUUCAGCAAGCCCUCAGUUCUGGAUAUUUGAGGCUUCUGCGGCUAUUCCAUGAGUUCUUCGCCAGCAUAGCCGUGCAUACUGAUACCAUAUACACCGAAUCUCAUCAAUCACCGGAGACCGUGCUUGUGUUACGCGCGCUGUCUACAUUCGAGGGGAUCUACCUCUCACGUUCGUUAACAAGACUCAAUGAGGCGGUUUCGCAAGCCUUCUCAGCAGGCACAAGAGCUCCCCCGAGUGCCAGUGACGGUAUAGCUAUCGCGCGUCUGAUCACCAAUGAACUGGAUUCUGCUCGCUUUGACCCCUUACUGGUGCGUGCUGUUGCCAAAAACGUGGCGACGACCCUGGACAAUGUAGCCACGAAGGCAGGUGCCCUGAUCUCCACAGAGCGUUCAGCGGUUUCACUACUGGGUCCACUGGCUACGCCGCAACAGAUUCUGAACGGUCAAGUUGCUAGUUGCCUAUACUACUCCUACACGAAACUAAGCACAUUCAUGGAAGACCAUCCGGAAACGAUUUCUGCGCUAAUUCAACCUAGUAUCAAUAAAAUCCAUAUGCAAUAUGACUCCGUCGUCGACCCGCUGCUUACCGCCAUACGCAAAGAAAUCGCAGCAAUCAUAUCUCGAAUUCACAGAGUAGACCUGCAGAAGUCAGUGGACUCUAUGGCUGGAAUGGCUGCGCCUAGCCUGUAUAUGAAAGACCUCGUUGACAAGCUAGAAUUUGUCAAGGCCAACGUUCUUAGUAAUUUCGCUGCGGAAAUUGCGCGACCAUGGAUUCCUGACAUCGUCAAGUACGUUAUUAGGACAUUUGUGUUGCACGCCUCGAUCGCCAAUCCCCUCACCGAGAUCGGGAAGCUACAGCUCACAACAGAUAUGACUGAACUUGAGUUCGCCCUCAGUGCUUUCUUGGUCGACAACCUGCAGAGUAAGCGUGGUGGAAACCUCGAAAGUAUAGGUGAAGAAUAUAAGAUACUGAGAGCUAUGCGACCAUUGCUGUUCCUCGAGAACUCGCAUUUGGCAUCUUCUGAGCGUACGGCGGGUCUCCCACCGAUUGUCGUACUCCACCACAUUCUUGUUCGCUCUCCAAUACCGCUUCCACAUACUUUGCAUGGCUGGCAAGAGACAGAGUACGUGCGGUGGAUCGAAGAUCAUUCUCCACAAGAAGCAUAUUCUCUCGUUGAGAGCUCGCUGAUUCAGUGGGAGAACAAGAGUGGUGCGGAAGAGUAUACCCAACUUGUAUGGGCAGUCUUACAGCAUGCCAAGGGCGGGUCGUGAUUGUGAAUGGCUGUGGGACGCUUGACUGGUGCCUGCCAGGGGUUCAUUUGUGGAGUUUCAAUGUACAGAGUUGGCUGAGCCUUGUGACCUACUCGGGCUGUUUACAAUGUUCACCACACCCUUUGCUCAAAGACAACAAUGUAGGAUAU